UUUUCAUUUCACCGACUUUAUCCACUUCCUGCUCGUUUAGAAAGGAGUCGUGUCUUGCUACUCUGGAGCACUAGAACCGUACAUUUUGCUUUGGGACAAUGAAUGUGGAUCACGAGAUAACCCUGUUAAUUGAACAGAUCCGUAGGCUUGGCAGCAAAAAUGCAGACGGGAAGUACAGCGUUAAGUUUGGAGUUCUGUUCAACGAUGACGAAUGUGCCAACCUCUUCGAAGCGAUCGUCGGGACACUGAAGGCCGCCAAGAAGAAGAAGAUCAUCACGUUUGAAGGGGAGCUGCUCCUGCAGGGUGUCCACGACCACGUUGAUGUAAUACUGUUGCAAGACUGAGGCUGAUGGAUGUAAAUGUAUUGUUUGAAAAAAAGUCAAAAUUCAGGUUUACAACUGAGGUAGUAUCGUGAAGUGUCAAACAAGUUACAAACAAUCAGCAUUUUAUAUAUUUUCAGGGCAAAUAAUCAUGAAUUUGAAAUUGAAUUUUGUAUCUUAUAUUGGAAUGUUAGUUUUUAUUCAAAUAAGGAACAUUUCUAAGGAGAGGAGAUGUAUUACAGAUAUCUUUGGUGAAAAGAAAACUAAUACCCACAUAUGGUCUGCAGUCUGCUGAUUUAAAUUUAUUGUUUACAUGUUCAUGUUGCUACCUCAUGGACUUUUGGAUAUGGACUUUUUGGACCAAUUCUUUUAAGAAAAUGGGUGCAACUAAGGAAGUGGGUUUAGAUAAUGUGUUUUUAAAUGCCAUUGCUCACAUCACACAGGUGUUGUUAAAGUUAGUGAAUGUAAACCAUGGUGUAUUCACAAAGUUUGCUAACGCACAACUGUCCUUACCUGUGGGGCCAUUAAAGACAAGUAGGCCAACACAGUUCUUGUGCAAUGCUGAUGUCUUUCUACAGUCUCCCUUAAUAGGGUGACUUGUGCCAAAUAAAUUGUUGGUUUUGUAAUGUUUUCUCAGGACUGAAUCAACAUAACCAAACAUACCUUCCAUUUAACCUGUGCUUAAAUGAAACCUCUCAUUAAGAAUAUAAAAAGUCGAUCUUUUGUAUGUACACAAAGUAUGGUUACAUUUUCCAUAUUUGGUUUAGAAAGCUUUCUAUUUUAAUGGGUUGGGUUGUUUAACAGACAGUGCUUUAAUCAUUCCUAAAACAUCUCAGAGCUGUUGAAAUCAUAAGCUACAAGUACACAACAGAAUGCCUUGAACAUUUACAGUAUGUCUACGUUUACUUGAUCAUAGCUUGUUGAGGUGAACUUAACUGAUGUAAGUCUCCAUUAAUGUCUCUUGGCAGUGGUUUUAUUCCAUCCUAGGAUGCCUUUAAAUUGUGCUGAUCUGAGAAUAUGUCAAAAUAUGUUCACAUCAACAAGGUAUGUGGACCUGUAACAUGAACAGGCCAUUCGUUGUGGAUUUUUUUACAUGAUUUUGAGCAAUACAGACUGUACCAGUGCAUUAAGAUGUGCUCAGGUGUGAGUGAUGUGUGUUUUUCAUGUCAUUCAUUUGAUUCAUGCACGUAAAUCUACACUACCUGGUGUGAAAGAAAUAGACUGAGGUAGAAAGCACUGGAAAAACAAAUGGAGCCCCUGUUUGUGAUGAUGCACUUGAUCAGUGGGCAGUUUUUGCCUUGCAUCAGGAAAAAAUGUAUUGGCGAAGUAUAUUAAAGCAAUGAAAUUCCAAGUAUUACAGAACACCUUGAAAAUAAAGAAUACAC